UCGAAUCAAAAACAAAAUCACAAAAAUCCUCAGCAAGAGAAGAGAAAAAAAUGGCUUCCACCCUUCAGCCGGAGAUGGACAACGACUCAAUGGCAUCAUCGCCGAGAUCGGAGUAUGAUAAUCAGCCACGUGUACGGUUCAUGUGCACUUUUGGAGGAAGGAUCUUGCCUCGUCCACCCGAUAAUCAACUCAGCUACGUCGGCGGCGACAAUCGUAUGAUCGCCGUUCACCGUAACACUAGUUUUGCCUCUCUACUCAACAAACUUGCUAAACUCUCCGGUAAAAGCAACAUCAGCGUGAAGUACCAGCUACCAAACGAAGAUCUUGACGCGUUGAUCUCGGUAUCAACGGACGAGGAUGUAGAGAACAUGAUGGACGAAUACGACCGCGUCGCACAGAAUCAAAAUCCCCGAUCCUCUCGUCUCCGUCUCUUCCUCUUCACCAAUAACAUCGCCGGAGAAGAUGAUAACGAUAGUCGAGCAAGCAGUAUCAGCUCUCUCCUCGAUAGCUCCGUCAAUCGAGAGCAAUGGUUCCUCGACGCUCUCAAUCUCGGCUCCUCCGCCGUAUCCAACGGUGGUUCUGGCAAAGGUUUCGAGCGCGUCAGAUCUGAAGUCUCCUCGAUCGUCUCCGAAGUUCCUGAUUACCUCUUCGGGUUGGAUACUUUCGACGAGACCGCGCCGCCGCACGAGCUCCGUGAUCGUGAUCCGAGGGCUAAGAUCCGACGAGAAGUCUCGACGCUUUCGGAUCCUGGCUCGCCUCGCCGCGAUGUUCCUUCGCCGUAUGGUUCGACCUCUUCGGCUCCUGUGAUGCGGUCAUCUACACCGGAACUUCAACCAGUUCAAACUAAACCGGAUAGUCCAGAACCGGUUUCGACUCCAAAAUCUGAUCCUCAACCGGAGCAAGUUAUUCAACAGAGUAAUCUUCCGGUUAACCCACAGUGGCAAUAUUCCCCUGGCCCACAGGUUCAUUACCAGCAACCGGUUUAUUAUGUUCCUAGUUCGGUUCAACCGGGGAAUCAUAUGGUUCAACCGGGCAAUCAUAUGAUUCAACAAGUCAACCAUAUGGUUCAGCAGGGUAAUCAUAUGGUUCAACCCGUUCAAAUGCCGGGUCAGUAUGUUCCACAAUACCAUCAUUUGCCUAUGGGAUACCAUCACCAACCUCAGACUCAUCGGAUUCCUGGUCCUGGUCUGGGUCAAGUAUAUGGUGGAACUGCUAGGCCGGUUAUGAUGGCAGUUGAUGGAGUUAACCGGCCGGCUUAUUAUGAUAUGAAAACACCAGGUCCGGUUCAGAUGUAUCACAAUCACCCUGGCAUGGUUGUUCCUGGUAUGGAAGGACAAUACAGAACCGAAACGGAUUCUGAUCCGGGUCGCGCUUCUUAACGGGUUGAAGAGAAAUGAGAAAAUAAUCAUUGUCCUUGAAGGCGCGUCUAUGUGUGAACUGUGUAUUACAUUUUUUCUACUUUAUUUAAAAUUUCUUUUUUUUGGUGUAAUUUUGUCAAUCGUGUAUUACAAGCUACGAUGAACAAUGAAACCCAAUACAAAUCCUAUCAUUUAUAAAUAAUGAAGUAUGUUU